AUCCAGGAAAGGAUGGCACCCGACCAUCCUUCCUCAACUGGCCAACAACAUCGACAUGACCGUCCCCUUCGGUAGCAGCCCAACUACCGUCAGCUGGACCGAGCCCCUUGGUGUAGCCAGCGUUGCGGCCUCACAGAGCUCUGGAUCUUUCUUUGUCGUGGAAUACACUUACAUGGUGUACACCGCCACAGACCCAAGCGGCAACUUCGAAAGCUGCUCUUUUUCUGUCACCGUCACAGGAACGAUUCAUCCAGGAACGGAUGGCACCCGACCAUCCUUCCUCAACUGGCCAAGCAACAUCGACGUGACCGUCCCCAUCGGUAGCAACCCAACUACCGUCAGCUGGACCGAGCCCCUUGGUGUAGCCAGCGUUGCGGCCUCACAGAGCUCUGGAUCUUUCUUUGUCGUGGAAUACACUUACAUGGUGUACACCGCCACAGACCCAAGCGGCAACUUCGAAAGCUGCUCUUUUUCUGUCACCGUCACAGGAACGAUUCAUCCAGGAACGGAUGGCACCCGACCAUCCUUCCUCAACUGGCCAAGCAACAUCGACGUGACCGUCCCCAUCGGUAGCAGCCCAACUACCGUCAGCUGGACCGAGCCCCUUGGUGUAGCCAGCGUUGCGGCCUCACAGAGCUCUGGAUCUUUCUUUGUCGUGGAAUACACUUACAUGGUGUACACCGCCACAGACCCAAGCGGCAACUUCGAAAGCUGCUCUUUUUAUGUCACCGUCACAGUGUGUAUUUUCAGUUGGUGCCAACCCUUGUUCCAGCAACCCAUGCGCUCCCAGUGAACAGUGCUUCUACAUCCCAUCCCGAUACCUGUGUAUCAAGAACGACAGGAGGAGGAGAGAAGCUGAGAUGCUCAACCUUAGCUAAUGGCGGUAUUUGUCUCCUAGACGAUGCCACAUCCCGGCCACCUGUGAAUGCCCUGUUGGAUACGCUGGUGUGCUCUGCGAGAUGGAUACAAUGCCUGCUGCAUGGCGAUUAUGCUCGUCGUCAUCCCUCUAUCUGGGUUGCUUUGUUGCAUCAUACCGCGCCUCGGCAUGGUUCGUUGACAUCGAAGCAAGAUAGAUGAAAUUCCAAUCCUUUAAUAAACACAACACUGCUCACAAGCUCAUUUAAAUCUAAUCUAAGCUUAUUGCAUUCAUGCCUUUGCUAGAAAGAUCCAUUGUGUAAUCCCAAUGGUAAGUUAUGAGAAUUGAAAUAUUAAGAUGUACAUGCGAGGACAAUAUAUAUAUUUCUAUGCAAAACAUGAAUUCAAAUGGCUGGUAAUUAGAUUUCUCAAAAGGAAAAAAUCUUGUGGCCAUUAGGCAAUGUUUGUUGAAGAAAGUCUUUCUAACCAUUAUGUAUUAAUUGUGCUACAAAUGUCUGUAAAUACUGUGUACACUUAACGGGAGAUUCUUAGUUGCAUAAUUUCAUGUUGAUGUAAGACGUAGUGAAAGGCCGAAACAUGGAGGAGGUGUUGUUUUCAAUGUGCUGCUUGGGUGUCAAUGCAAUUUUUGUUAACGUCUCCUGAAACUAUUUGUUAAUAUGUUAUGUUACUUUUCUGGGAUUACUCUAAGAAUAUUCUCUCCCUGUGAACACUUCUAAGCCUUUAGCCUUUCUCUCUGAAAUUCCUCUAGAAAUGCUGUGUUUGUAACAUUUUUGUCACGACAGAACUGAUCAUUUGUCAAUUUUUUUUCUUCAAACUAAUUGUUGACGGCUCAAACUUUAAUGCCAACUAAAAAAUAUGUUUAGGUUUUUUUGUUGGGAGGGAGUAAUGUUUGGAAGUAUUUGUGACUUUAUUUCGCUUCAGGUGUGCUUAUAAGCGAUGUUGUGGGGUUUGAAUCCUGACUAUCAUAUAUCAAACCUACUUUAUUCCACUCUCAAAGUAUUUUAAACACCAAAGCAUUUCAGAAAUGCCAAAUAUAUCAUGCUUUAUAUUGCAAUCACUUAUAUAUAUUGCAGAAUUUUUAUAUUGAAUUACAUCAAUUCUGUUUUUUUAUUUUCAAUUUUAUCUUUGUCAUAAAGUUUUUGCUGUUUAGAAUAUGAAUUCAUUUAGUGAAUUGUGUUUAGAUAUGAGUUUUUAAAAUAUCUCAAUUUAUAUAAUGAAAUAAAAAAUGGCCUGAUUGCACAAAUAA